UCUCGUCAACCUUUCCACACUUCGCCCUGCCAACGGUGCACAGCAAUUUUCGGUCCAAGGGUCGGAGGGUAGUCCUGUCGCUCCCUUAAUUAUUCCUCUCCCAAUUUGGCAGGGCUCGCUCAGGCCUGACCUUCCCACCGGCCGUCGAGUGUGAGGACGGAAGCGUUCAGACCCCAUCAUUCCAGGCAGACAACCUACGGAUCGCUCGACCGUUUUCUCGAUCUCCGGAAUGGCCGCUUAAGGUUCUGUCACGAAACGACUACCACGGGCUGGCGGGGCACAAUCUUUUUACGUAGCACGUCUUGUGUUGAGGUCAAACCCGAACGACCCAGAUCCAAUUGAACCGGCACUCUUACUCCGUCGUCGAAGACCGUGCCAGCGAGGGGGAACCACUGGCCAAGCAGCAGCAGCAGCAGCAGCAGCAGCAGCAGAAAUACCGCGACAUAUUACAUUGAAUUGCCCGCCAUGGGAUCGCAACACUUCGCCCCGAGAUGGGCAAGCUUCGGCAUUGCUGCGCUGCUCUGCAGCAUGAGCCGGGCACAGCAGCAGGCAGAUGGACCUUCGGUUCCUCAGGUCUAUUGCGCUACCGUCAACACCGCCGAUAUGGAUCCUCUCUUUUCCAACUGGCAGAGCGAUGGACGCUGCUACGGUAACUGCACCGACCUCAAUUACGCCCUCGCUAUUGUCCAGAACAAGAACUGCUGGUGCUCGAACCUGGUCCCCAACAAGGCCGACCGAAAGCCCCUCAGUGACUGCCAAAAUCCCUGCCCGGGCUAUCCCAGUGAUUACUGUGGCGGCGAUGGGGUCUUUGGCUACAUGUACGCCGGCGGCAGCACGCCAACGGGAACAGCAGCUCCCGGCGGGUCUGCCACGGGAGAGCCGUCCUCUAGCACCACCGGCGCCACCACAUCGGGCCCACCAUCUGUGACAACCAUCACCGUUGGCGGAACCAUCCGAACGGUGACCGCCCCUACCGUCCCCACCGCCACCGAUGGCACGUCCAUAGGCGACGAUAAUGGCUCCGGCCUCAAAGGAGGCGCCAUCGCCGGUAUCGUCGUCGGCGUCGUCGGCGGGUUACUCGUGCUGGCCGCCUUUCUAUGGUUCUGCUUUGUGAAGCGGAGGAAAGACCGCGAGGCGGCCGAUCUCGGAUUACAAACCGGGGUCGGCGGGUCCCCCGGCAGGAUGGCGACGCCCAAGUCAGGCGAGAUGACCGAGAGCCGGUACGGCAGCACGCCCGGCGGGGCAGCCGCGGGCGCCUGGGACUCCCAGAACAAGCGACGCAGCCACCUCAUGCCUGUCGACCCCAGGCUCGACCCAUUCGCGACCGGCCUCUAUUCCGGCGACCAGAAUAGGAGCCGCGAGAGCCUCACUUCGCUGCAGGACAACCAGGACUAUUCGAGACGCGUGCAUCAGGCACCGAGGGUUUUGAGAGCCACAAAUCCGGAUCCAGAAGAGGAUUAAUUUAGCCACCGUUUCUUCUUCUUCUUCUUUCGGUUCUCAAGUCGAGUUGGAUCCAGUGCUUCAGGAACAUAGGCGGGCUCCCGCUUUCCGAACAUGCAUUUUGUCUGCAUCAUGCGAGGUUGUUUUGUUCUUUUUUUUUGCAUUUGCAUUUCAAGAUACCACGGCGUUCAGAGGGAUAGUCAUGGGAAGCAGGUUUUCUUACGUACGGGAUUAUUACAGGGGCUGGCUUGGUCAGCGUACCACGUACUGGGAUCGAGGAGGUAAAACGUCAUGCUUAGAUUGGUGUGGCGGUCUCGGAUCAGUUCAGCUCGGGCAGUAUUUGGGUGGGAAGAGGGUGGAUUGGGCUCGAGAAGAGAUGCUAUAUCGGCCGUGUAUCUCUCCAAAACGAGAGCAGAAAGGAGUAUGCCGGGCGAUGUCAUCAUCAUAGGUAUGAUGCUUCAUGGCACUUCAAGACCGCGUCUGUUCCCAAACUUUGGGGUUGGAUUUUGGACGCAUCUAGGGAUAUCACAGCAAAAGUCAAAUCAAUCGGUUACAACGGC